AUGGGCACCACCAUGUUUGAUUUUGGCAUUCAAGGGACGAUGCUCAGCAUAUUUUCAUUCAACCGGGGCGCCAGUGUGGCGACUGCGAAGGCAUUCAAUGUGUUGGGUUUCCCAAUUUUCGCUGCAAUUCGGCUCGCCUUCUUUAAUAAGCACCUGGACCACUUCUUCUACUUUCUGGUGGCGCUCGUGAUGGUGAUUGCCGUGGCAUACAUGCUUGUCAUUCGCCUGCCGCCCUACCACCUGACCGGCUACCAGCAGUCACACUUGAGCGAGGAAGAGAAGCAGGGCCGCCUCACCACCCAGGCACAGUAUCUGCGCCAGAAGACUCCUACUCCCCGCUUUGUGGUUGGGCUCUUCUUCGUGCCUGUGUUCAUUGUGUUUAUGCCGCUGCAAGGGGCGCUUGUGGUCUCCUACGGUAUUGGACAGCGCCACAGAGUGGCGUUUGCAGUCAUCACUAUUGCGUUGGUCGUUUUGAAUUGCGCAAUCGUGCCGUCUCCACGGAAGAUCCUCGACAGGGAGGGAGGUCACGCCAGCGGCGCCAGGCUACUGAGGUGCCGAUACCGCACCCCACAAAAAAGAGGCAAUGCAACGAGCCACUCGCAGCAGUGA